AUGGCAUAUACACACGCCAUUCGCAUCGCUAUUGUCGGCGCAGGCGCUGGUGGAUCAUCUGCAGCGUACUACCUUACAAAGGCGGCGAGGCAGAAUGGAGAUAUUAUCGAUAUAGAUGUGUUUGAGAAGCGUUAUCAGGCGGGUGGAAGAUCAAGAACGGUGACGCCAUACAACGACAGCAGCUACAGCCCCAUUGAGCUGGGUGCUAGUAUAUUCGUCGGUGCCAAUAAGAACAUGGUCAAGGCUGUGAGGGAAUUCGACUACAAUCUCGCUGAUACCGAUAUUGGCUCAUUCGGGAUCUAUGACGGCGACUCCUUUGUCUUCGAGUCGAGUGAGUGGACAUAUUGGAAUUACGUCAAAUUACUGUGGAGAUAUGGAUAUACGGCACCUCGCACGGUACAAAUACACGUCAAGCAAGCCAUGGAAAAGUUCUUACAGCUUUACGAUGCAAAAUUUCUCCGCAACCACGGCCCUUGGGAGCACCCCAAAGACUUGGUAGCAGACUUGGGCCUUGAUGGACUGGUCGAGGAGAGCGGUCUGACCCACUUCCAUAACUCACGCUUCGCCAGCGAGGUGGUUGAUGCAGCUACCCGUGUCAACUACGGGCAAAACAUCGACUCCAUCCAUGCUCUCGGUGCACUCGUCAGCAUGGCAGGCAAUGAUGGCAUGGCAGUUGACGGCGGUAAUUGGCGUGUGUUUCAGAGAUUUCUAGAACACUCGAACGCUACUGUCUAUUUCGGGUGUGAGGUUGGCGAUAUUCGCAGAACGAGCAGCGGGCUAUGGCAGCUGUAUUUAGGUGAUGGCGAGCACGUUGAGCGUCUGUACGACUACGUUAUAUUCGCUACCCCCCUGCCUUUGUUUCGGGUACCGUACGUUGACCUGUACGUUACCCUGGUGGCGACGAACGCGUCGACAUAUGCGCGUGACGCUCUCAGGGGGUUGCCCAGCCACCCGCCAAGCAUGAUACUUACCACUGAUGCGCUGGCAAGGCACACAGGAAAAACGAGUCAACUUGAGUUGAACAGUGUUAACUACGUGCAGCAGGCAAGAAAGGGUAGUAAGGACGACGAUGUCGAUGUCGAUGACGAGUGGAUAGUCAAGAUCUUCUCAGAAUCGCCAUCCGCUUGGGGCGAUCAAGACCUGCACGUGUUAUUCGGGGGAAGUCAAAACGUAGGCUGGACCCACAGGCAUGUGUUCAAGGCAUAUCCAUAUCUCCAGCCUGAGAAUGCCAGCAGUCUUCCACCGUUCGAGGUAGACGACGGGGUGUUCUAUAUAAAUGCUAUGGAGCCCGUCCUUUCCACGAUGGAAUCGGAAACGGUAGCUGCGCGGAAUGUAAUCGGUCUUCUGGGCGCCAAGCUCGGAUAUGGAAAGGGGUGGAAGGACGCGUGCACGACGAACGACGACGACUGGAUUUGGAUUGACUGCUGA